GAGUCUAACAUCCCAAGAGUUGUGUUUACUGAGGUGAACCACAAUGAAACUAAAAAGGAGAAAAUGUUUCGGGAAUAUAAACAGGAUUUAAUGUCCUGGCAUCAUUCAUUUUGGCUACACCAAAACCUGAAAUUUACAAAGGAAAAGAAAGAAUAUACACUAAAGAGAGAUCUAAUUGAAAAUGCCAAAGCUGAUGGAAAAGAGAAAGCAGAUGACCUCUCAUUGUUCUACAAAGAAUUUCUUGAUGAAAACUUUUCUGUACACUUUCAAUAUCAAAGAGAAUGGUAUAGAAGGAAUUUUUUGCUGUUAUGGUAUGGACUUAAGGUUGAUGUAGAAAGGUUGUUUAAAAAGUUAAUGGUUAAGAUAUCCAGGCCUAGAAGUAGUUAAUGACUGUGGGAGGAAAUAUUUAGUGGUGGGUGAUGUAAAAGUGAACCAAAAUACUAGAACAAAAUAUAUUUAUUUUUUCUCAUAUAAAUUAAGGUAUAUAUUAAUUAGAAUUCUCAGUUCUUAUAGU